AUGGUCAAGCACGGCAUGGAUGUCAUACGGCAGGCAGUUACCUUUCUAAAUCUGGGCCAGGUUCCUAUCAUCACUGUUGACCAGCCCCUGUUUGCGCUUGCAAAGAUGGUCCAGUGGAAGUGGCCAGACUCACAUGGAGAGAAGGCGUAUGUAGUUAUGCUUGGUGGCCUGCAUAUCGAGAUGGCUCUAUGGAGUGUGCUUGGCGAUUUGCUUGACGGAUCUGGCUGGACUGUUGCCUUGACUGAAGCGGAUGUGGCCUCUUCUGGUGUAGUGGAUUCCUUCUUGAAGGCGUCGCAUUUAACAAGAACUAGGUAGGUUGAUGUGCUAAACAUAUUAGAUGACCAUACAACUAUUCACAACCAUACAGGUACUGGUUCACUAUAAAGCCUGUUUUCCACUCGCAUAUUUCACCUCUGCUGGCGAAAAAUUUCGCCACCGAAAAAGUUCAUUUGUUGUUCUUUCGCGCCGUCAACGAAAGGUCAACAGAAUUUGAAAACUUUAAGCAAAUGUAGCAGGAGAACAAAGUUCUUCAGCGGCGAAUGAAUGUAAAAAAUGAUUUCUUUGUCAAAAUUUUUCGCCAGUGGCAGCGAAAUACGCGAGUGAAAACCGGCUUAAGGAUGCUUGCGCUAUACUAUUCCGUAGCAACCUCGUCCCCAGAGCCAUGGGAGGCACCUCCAAAAUUUCGCGAGGAUGGCCCUGGGGACGAGGUUGAUUCCAUAUUGAUGAGCGCAAUUUAUCCUUUCUGAGCGCAUUUUAUCUCCAGUAGAAUGUUCUUUGUCUUGUGGCAAUGAAGUAGGCGUACAGGUUAUAAUGUAACUUGGGGGUUACUUAAUUAAGAAAAAAUUCGAUAUAUUUUCAGGCAUGCUCAUCAAGUCACUGCUCUCGCCCUACAUAAGCUUCAGAGAGAUGCAUUUUCCCAGUACGUUGACGAGGCAUCGUUCUCUAUGUGGGAAGAGGCAAGAAAGUGA